UUAUCUGGGUCGUAGAUCUUCAAAGAGCCGCGUAGCCAAAUCGUGGCCGUUGACCGGAGGACGGGAGGGGCUUUUGGCUGGAGAGAUCCGGACUCGUAUAAAUAGAAGCACCCGAACAGUACGGUAUCGAAGUUUCUUUUCUCCCCUCCUCCACCGCCAUCAAUGACAGACAUCGCCGGCGACUUCUCCGAAACCCUAAAAACCCCACUCAUGGACUCAGAGGGCCCGAACAUACUCCACAAAAUCUCCGAACAAGGCGGCUACGCCUACGUCGGCAUGUCAGCCCUAGCCUCCGCCGGCGACUUCAGGGCGGCGGAGGCGGCGCGUGAGAUGGCGUGGGAGCAACUCCACUCCGGUCCUUGGCACUCCGUGCUUCCAAUCUGGAGAGACGCGUACUCGAUGGCUUGCCUUAAUGUCGCUAAAUUUCAUUACUCCAACUCUGAUUUCAGGGAGGCACUUAGUGUUCUUGAUAUGGGCUUGAUUAUGGGAGGAUUGUCUCUUCGUAAUGAUUUGGAAUCGGCUGUCCAGAUUGCUUCGGCGAAGAUGACUGCUCUUAGGGUUUCUGAUGAAGCAACACCGCAAUGUCCUGUAGAAUUAAACGACGCGGAGGUGCUUCAGGCUUUACCCAUGAAGUCCCUGUCUUGUAAGAUGGUUGUGAAACGGUUUCAUUAAAAUAUUAAUGUAUUGCGUGACUAUUUCUUGUCAGGUUCUCCAGUUAUUAUCAGUGAUUGUAUGGCUCAUUGGCCAGCUAGGACAAAGUGGAACGACAUGGAUUACCUAAAAAGGGUAGCUGGCUGUCGCACAGUUCCCGUUGAGGUUGGGAAGAACUACAUAUGCUCAGAGUGGAAACAAGAAUUAAUCACAUUUUCGCAAUUCCUUGAGAGGAUUCAGUCGAAUGACAGUAGUUCUACUGGUCCAACAUAUUUAGCCCAGCAUCCAUUGUUUGAUCAGAUACAAGAGCUACGAAAGGACAUUCUCAUACCUGAUUACUGUUUUGCUGGUGGCGGGGAGCUCAGAUCACUUAAUGCUUGGUUUGGUCCUGCUGGGACAGUAACACCAUUGCACCAUGAUCCUCACCAUAAUAUACUUGCUCAGGUGGUUGGAAAAAAGUAUGUAAGGCUUUACCCGGCUUCAUUGUCAGAGGAACUUUACCCACACAAGGAAACCAUGCUUAGCAAUUCAAGCCAGGUUGAUCUGGACAGCAUAGACGUGAAUGAGUUUCCGAAGGUGCAGGACCUGGAAUUUAUGGACUGCAUUUUAGAGGAAGGCGAAAUGCUCUAUAUACCUCCGAAAUGGUGGCAUUAUGUUCGAUCUCUUACCAAAAGCUUUUCGGUUAGCUUUUGGUGGAGUGACAGUUGAAAAGUUCUCCAGGUUCCUGAUUUUCUG